GUUAUAUGAGUUCCUGACUCAAUUUGAACGUCAAUCUGACACAGAGCUCUUCACUCUCUCUCGUGUGUUUCGUUAACGUGUCUCCUAAAACUUCUCAAAAUGCCGAUGUUGUGUGGAGGGACUGCACCACCGCUCGAGGCCGACGACACAAUCCAGAAGCUGGUUGAUGGCGUGAAGGACAAUGUAGAGGCAAAGACAGGGAAAAAAUACGACGUUUUCUCAGCCAAGACCUACACGUCACAGGGUGCUGGAACCAACUUCUUCAUCAAGGUCCAUGUUGGAGGAGACGAUCAUGUUCACCUCUUCAUUCACAAGAAACUUCCGUGUCAUGGAGGAGAAACCUCGCUGGAGAAACUGCAGGAGUCCAAGAGCCUGCACGACCCAAUCGGGCACUUCUAAAGUGAAGAGCACCUUGACCUACAGACUGCAGUCUCAUUUAUAAACCAGUUCUACACCAGUUAUCAUGACCAAUAUUUUAAACAUUGUUGCAUGCAGUUCUCUAUCCAUACUGUUUAUGUACUUUAGGUCAUCAUUUUUUAAAGUGUGUCAAAAUGGAACUAUUUUCUACUAAAUGAAUGAAUAAAUAAUUAGAUUAAUUGA